UGAGAGGGGUAGCCCCGCCCCCUCUACCCACAAUGCCGUGCGCGCCGGGGCCGAACAAGAUGGCGGACGGCGUGAAAAUGGUUGACGACGAGAAGCAGGCUGGCUGCGCGCCCGUAUUCCAGCCCGAGUCUGAAACGAAGGCCAGUUUCAACAAUAGCCAAGGCUUCAACGAUUCUUCUGGCAAACCGCAAAAACACCAUUCAGAUGACUACAGUACCUGGGAUAUCAUCAAAGCAACACAAUACGGGAUCUUUGAGCGCUGCCGGGAACUGGUAGAAGCGGGUUAUGAUGUCCGACAACCAGACAAGGAGAAUGUCACCCUGCUGCACUGGGCAGCCAUCAACAAUCGCAUUGAUCUUGUCAAGUUCUAUAUUUCUAAAGGAGCCAUAGUGGAUCAGCUUGGAGGAGACCUCAACUCCACCCCUCUUCACUGGGCCACACGGCAGGGCCACCUGUCCAUGGUGGUGCUGCUGAUGAAGUAUGGCACAGAUCCCUCCCUGUUGGACGGAGAAGGCUGCAGCUGCAUUCACCUUGCGGCUCAGUUCCAGCACACAGCCAUCGUUGCGUACCUCAUAGCUAAGGGCCUGGAUGUGGACAUGAUGGACCAAAAUGGAAUGACGCCAUUGAUGUGGGCGGCAUACCGGACGUACGGCGUGGACCCAACACGGCUGCUGCUCACAUUCAAUGCGACGGUGAACCUGGGGGACAAGUUCCACAAAAACACAGCACUGCACUGGGCCGUCUUGGCCAGCAACACCAAUGUGAUCGGCCUCCUGCUCGAUGCCGGAGCCAACGUUGACGCGCAGAACGUCAAGGGAGAGAGUGCUCUCGACCUUGCCAAACAGCGGAAAAAUGCCUGGAUAGUAAACCGGCUACAGGAGGCAAGGCAAGCCAAGGGGCUGGACAAUGCCUCCUUCCUGCACAGGUUUAAAUCAGACAAGUCGGUACGUCAGAAAGUGAUGCUGGGCACUCCUUUCUUGGUGAUCUGGCUGAUCGGUUUCAUCGCUGACUUGGACACUGGCUCCUGGCUCAUCAAGGGGGCUCUUUACGUCGGGGUCUGGGCUCUCGUGCAGUUCCUGUCAAAGACAUUUUUUGACCACUCCAUGCACAGUGCCCUGCCUCUGGGCAUCUACUUGGGAACUAAAUUCUGGAUGUACAUCACCUGGUUUGGAUGGCUGUGGCCAGAACUGACCAGCCUUUCCAUUCAGGUGCCCUUCUUAAUAAACACUGCGGCUCUCUUUUACAACUUCGGCAAGUCUUGGAAAUCAGACCCGGGUGUUGUAAAAGCCACAGAGGAGCAGAAAAAGAAGACUAUCGUGGAGUUAGCUGAAGCUGGGAGCUUGGAUCUCAGCAUAUUCUGCAGUACAUGUUUGAUCCGCAAGCCAGUGAGGUCCAAGCACUGCUCUGUGUGCAAUCGCUGUAUUGCCAAGUUCGAUCACCACUGUCCCUGGGUCGGCAACUGCGUGGGUGCUGGAAACCACCGCUAUUUCGUUGGCUACCUCUUCUUCCUGCUGGGAACUAUAUGCUGGCUGAUCUACGGGUGCAUCAUAUUCUGGAGCCGGCGGUGCCACACGACGUACCACACGGAUGGCUUCUGGACAUACGUGUCCCAGGUGGCUAUGUGCUCGCCCUGGAUCUUCUGGAUGUUCAUCAAUAGCCUCUUCCACCUCACCUGGGUCACCAUCCUGCUCAUGUGUCAGCUCUACCAGAUUUCUUGCCUGGGAAUAACAACCAAUGAAAGGAUGAAUGCACGGAGAUACAAGCACUUUAAAGUGACUGCCACAACCAUUGAGAGCCCAUUCAAUCACGGCUGCUUCCGCAACUCGGUGGACUUCUUCCAGUGCCGCUGCUGUGGGCUGUGCCGACCCAGCGCUGUGGACUGGACACGCCAGUUCUCCAUUGAGUAUGACCAGAGUUCCGGCACGGGCUAUCAGCUGGUGUAAGGGCCAACGGGCAAGGUCGUGUGCGAAGCUUGCUGGUGUGUGUGUGUGCAGGUGGUUGAUACUGACUGUACGUUCUUGCUCUCUUCGAGUGGCAAAUUUUGAACGCUGAAAACCUUAAACAAAUAUUGUUAUUUAUUAAUGUUUUUUUUGUUGCAUUGAGGCUGACAAAGCGUGCAUGCAUAUACACAAACACAUGCUAUUUAAAGCUUUAGUUCAGAUUUGGUAAUACAAAGUUUCACCUAGCAUUCAUGAGAUUGCACCACUUUGAUAGGAAGUUCUUUGUGAAAUGUGAAAACAUCAUGGCCAUAGUUUUAGUAAUUGCCAAUUAUUUGUUUGGUUAAUGUGUUAGUUUAGAAAAUCAGAUCUAGCAUUAAGUGUACUUUUCCAGUGUUAUGUAUCUUUUUUAAUUGGUCUCUAAAAAUGUUUAUGGUCUUGGAGUGAAAAUGCACAUUCAGUGCAUUUUAAUUAGCUAUCUUGGUUUUUUUCCUUCCGUAUCAUCAAAGUGGUACACUCUCUUGACCCAUGCUAUUUCAUUUCCUUGCAAUUAGUGAGGGGCAAGAGUUGGAGGAGUAGUGAGACUGAAAAAAAAAGUUUUUUUUUAACAAAGGAUGAAUGCAAGUGUGUUUAACAUUCGGCGAAUAUUCAGCCCACUAUCAAACCAAAUAAAGAUUGUAUAUGCAUUAUAGCAGGUGAGUCUUACAUGUAUUAAGCUUACUAUGAACAGAAAAAAAAACACAUAGGUUAUAUUAAACAAUUUUAACAUGACACCAUUUUACACCCUUUUGGAUGGUAGUUGUCAGUGGAAUGCCUUGUUUAUGUAAAUGCGUCAGGCCCUCUUUGCUGUUAAAUGUCUCACAUUAUUUUAAAAUUAGAGGUUAUUUUCAAACUUGCAGAUGCUUUCGAGUGUACAGAUUUGUGUAAUUUGUAAGUUUCAUUUCAGGUACAGUAGAGCCAAUACAUUUGUGUCUAUUUAGUGGUGAGCUUGAUACAUCUAUAAUGUUCCAUUAACAUUUUUCAAUGUGUGUUGUUCCAGGUUUGUUUUCUGUUGGAAUGAGCAUGCAGCACAUUUUGAUAAUAUUGACAUCCCAAUUUGUAAUGAUGCUGGAUAUUGGCAUUAACCAUAUGACAUCUUGAUCGCUUUUGCAUGUCUAUGAAUGUCUUUCUGGUCACUAGAUUCAAUUAUGAGAAAAUGCAUUCUCACACAAUCUGGAAAAUGUGUUUUCAGUUGAAGGCCAUGCAAGUGUUUGGUAGACAUCACAUUCUCAUGUUAUCUGAAAUCACACGGACUAAUUAUCAAGUUAUAGUUUUCUUUUUAACACCAAUGGUACUUGACAACACAUUUGGAUGGUGUAUAGUUGAACAGGAAGCACCAAGCGGUUUAUUGACAUUGUCGAGAUUAAUGUGUACGGAAAUCCUCUUUGCCCAGCAGAUCAAAUAUUGACUGGUAUUGUCUGCGUAGUAAUCGGGGAAACUUUAAGGAAUAUGAAAUUAAUGUAGCUGUGGGAUUUUUUUGCUUUCGUUUUACCAAACUACUGUAUAAAUGUGCCAGGAUAAGUUUACCCAUAAUGCCAUAAUGGCAUGAUGACAGAGCAGGUUACUAUUCAUCGUGGACAUGUUGGGUUCUGGUGAAGGUGUAUGUACAGUCCCAAUUCAUGUGGCAAUUAAGGCACUCUUACCUCUGACAGACGCAUCAUUAAUACUGGCACACAGGCCACGUUAAUGAGAAGCAAGUUUGUUGCCAAGAGAUCAUGCCUCCAGGCCAUGUAGGUUAAAUCCAUAUUGAACACCUCUCACUUGACCAAUAUGAUUGAGAAUUGUUUCUUGGGUAAGCUCGUGAAAGUAAAAUGUAUGUCGUACACCCUCUUUUCACCCCGACAUAGCCAAUUGGUAAAGUUGUCACGAGAACAUACGUGCCAUUUCAUUACUGCUUCAACAGACCAGUGUUGGAGAGCAAUCCAAUUGUUACCCAACCGUUAAAAUAUUGUAGAUUUGAGGGUGUACGACACACAUUUGACUUCUGAAACCCGACCCAAAAAUUACAAAUCCACAUGAUUUAUCAGUGGUUGACAAUGUAAAAAUCAUGGGCUUGAUUUGAAUUGUUCCAAUACGUCAAGGUUAGUUGCACAGAUUGCCCAAAUAAUCAUGUGCUAUCACUUGUUUGCGCUCUGUUAUACGAAAUGUAAAUGUAUGUUUUGAUAGGUAUCUUGAAAACAGCUGCUAUAAUUCUGAAGCUAUUCAAGUACUGUAUUUGGUAUCGUGAAAACAAUACAGUACAAGGUCUAAAAAGACACGGUGUCUUUGUGAAUAACAUUGGUAUGGUUAUGUAAUACUUUCCCCCAGAUAAUUAAAAAAUAUUGGAUCCGAAGAUUUAGUGUUAAUAAAAAAAUCCCCAAAAUUUUAUUUAAAGCCAAGAUUCAUUUCUUUGCUCAUCAAAACAUUAAAAUACUGUAAUUUUUAAAUGAAACGUACCUUCAUAUACCACAUAAUUAUGGUUUUCUGUAAUAGUCAGCCACAAGUCAGAAGUUGCAGGCAGCAACUGAAAGGUUUUUGCUUGGUCACUGUUAUUUUCAUAGUUUUUGAUAAAAUUAUCGAAAUUAUAUCACAAGCAUGGGGAAGUGUGAUGUUUAUUUUCAAAAAAAUAAUGUUUUCUUUCUAGCCAUUGUGUUUAGAUAUUGAUGUGACAUGGAGUUGUCAAUAUUUGUUACAUCAUACUUAAGUGAAAUCACGUGACAAUUUAAUUGUUUUCAAUUUGAUCUAAUUUGGGUGGGAGAAACGGGGUAGAAAAAGAGAUGUAAUGUGAAUGACGAUACAAGCUGUCAGCAAAACAAAGCAAGUAAUUUGUAUAUAAUGGAGGCUGUAUAAAGCUGAGUGAUAAUUUCUUAACAUUUAUUUCUAUGUUAGCACUGUAAACUAACCAACCACGUUUCGCCAGUAUGCACAAAUUGUUACAAUAGGCUUGUUGCUGCCUGACUUCUAUUGGCUCCCCCGACCUGCUUGAAAACGUCCUGGAUAAAAGGCUGCAACUACGUUGAAAGUACCAUGCAAAGAAAUAUAUAUCUGUGGACAUUGUUAACUUAGCGUUAAGCAGCCACAAAAUUAAAAGCUUGUAGCAGUGAACAACACUUUCUAAUUGAUAUUCUUAGGCCUCGAUUAAGCAAUUGUUAUGGCUCCUGAGAUCUUUGUGUUUUUAUGUUGAGCAGAAUAAUUAAUAUAGGGGCUUAAACUAAUUGUGGCAAUUAAGGAAACGUGUGAAAGUGUGCUAGCACAUACCUUGGUUGAAAUAACGAGACAGAAACUGGGCAAGCAAAAUGUAAACGAGUGCCCUCAAAGGCAAGACAGGGUCUUCCCAUCAGUGGAAGACAUGGUGUGGCUGUUAAAUACAAAUUCAUGUUACUUAUUACAUACUUCAAUUCAUUUUGUAUGUAAUAGCCUCACCCUGAAAUCAGUGCUCUAUAAAGUCUGAGCUUAAGCAUACGUGUUGAUUUGGGUGCAGCCGUGUUCCACUGAGUUUUCAUGAUAACAUAGUCGCCUCGUAUUAAGUGUGCGUGUAUGGGUGAAUGUUAAAGGGCCCAGGUAGAGUCAUACAAAUGAAACAUGCAAUUUGCAAUAUUUCCUGUUGAAAAAAAUGCUAAAUUGUUUGAAACAAGCUCGCAUGACUACAAAUCGUAUUGCAUCAAUGUUUACAAGGUUUGUUUUAUGCUUGGUGCAUAUCAUUGUGUUCGGCAGUCUGUGUUGUGUACUAGAAAAAAAUUCUUGGUGUGAACAAUUUAAGGGAAAAUAUGUACCUUAGACACUUAAGGGUAUGGUGAAAAUAUAUAAAUAUUGACUUUGCUGUGUACAGUUGUUGGUUGUAGUUGUGCAUUGCCACUUGCUGUUCUAGGACAGGAGGCCAAGCAAUGUUAUAACGUUUAUCAUUAUAAAUUGUGUAAAUGAUGCCCAAUCUGAGAAUAGGUUUCCCCUUUUUUCUGGCAACAAAAUAGGUGUUAAGAUGUUAAAACACCAAAUUGAAACCUUUUUCAAGGAAUCAUGUCUGCAUUAACAACAAUACUUGUGGUCAGAAUGCAAGCAAGAAACAUACUCUGAUAAUAUAUGCAUUGUCUUUGAAACUAAUUUGGUCGACACCAGAGACAUCUUUUGAGCCUAGUCUCAAAUGGUGUUAGACCAGAGGACACCAAAAGGCGCCCUCUGGUCUAACACCGUUUGAGACUAGGCUCAAAAGAAAGCUGUCUCUGGUGUGGACCAAUCAGUUUCAAAGACAAUGCAUAUAUUAUCAGAAUAUGUUUUUUGUUUGCACUUUGACCACAAGUAUUGUGAUUAUUGUAGACAUGAUUCCUUGUAAAGGUUUCAGUUUGGUGUUUUAACAUCUCAACACCUGUUUUGUUGCCAGAAAAAAGGGGAAAACCCAUUCUCAAAUUUUGGUACUGGCAAAGGAGGUCCCAUGAUGAUGCCCAAUCUCAUAAGCUUAAACAUUCUGACAUUUGCUGUAUUGGAACAACUUGGUUGUGUUAAACCUUCUUGUAUAUUUGAUUUUCUUUUUAUAUAAAUGAUUUAUUUAUGAGAUGUGCCAUAAUUUUAUUUAUGUAUAAUUUCUAUUUGAGUUAAUGUAAAGCCGAAUGACCGUAAUAUCUGACACUUUCAAAAAUAAACUUCUUGUUCGACA